UGAAGACCACGACCAUCAUCUGAGCACCUGUGAGCCAUGGAUGCUAACCAUCAGUCUCCGCAUGCACUCAAAUGGGACUUAAGAAAGUUUUACCAGCGCUCCUGCGUUCCUGAAAUCUUGGAACCAAUUAGUGGUGUCGUGAAUGGAGAGCUACCAUACUGGCUCCGAGGAAAGCUGCUACGAAACGGCCCGGGCCUUUCGGCCGUUGGUCCGGACCAAUACAACCAUGUAUUUGACGGUCUCGCAUUAGUGAGGCAGUUCAGCAUUGAGAACGGUCAAGCGUUCUACAAAAACCGUUUUCUGAGGAGUCAAUCGUACAUCCGCAACCACCGGGCCAACCGGAUCGUUGUCUCCGAAUUCGGAACUUUGGCGCAUCCCGAUCCUUGUGCCACCCUGUACGAGCGCCUGGCCUCGUAUUUCACCAUGGAUAUAACGGACAAUGCGGUCGUGAAUGUGAUGCCCAUAGGCGAUGAAGUGUAUGCCAUGACGGAGUCACCACACAUGUUCCGAGUGGACCCUGUUACUCUGGAGACUCUUGACAAAAAGAACCUGACGAACUUCGUAGCCGUACAUACCGCCACGGCACACCCCCACCAAGACCCGGACGACGGCACCACGUACAACAUCGCAACAAAGAUGGGACUUAAUCCUGGGUUCAUCUUAAUUCAGUACCCUCUCGGCGGCGAAUGCGUUUCGAGCUCGGUGAGCAGCGUGAGAGCCGUGGGUAAGAUACCGUUCAGCUCCCGCACGUCGGUGCCCUACGUCCACAGCUUCGCUCUCACGGAGAAAUGGGUGGUCGUAGUGGAACAGCCUCUCACCCUACACUUGCCGACUAUGCUUCGGUGCAAAUUCCUUGGUGACAAGGCUUACGUGGAUGCCCUGAAGUUUGACCCCGAGAAAGGCGUCCGCUUUCAUGUCAUGAACAAAAAUACUGGAGAACUGCAUUCCACCGUGUUUGAGGCUGCUCCUUUUUUCAUAUUUCACCACAUAAACGCCUUCGAGCAAGAUGACGACGUCGUUGUUGAUGCCUGUUGCUUCGACGACGAUGGCAUCGUGAGGAGCUUAGUAUACGCGGAGAAAAAUCCUGGAAAAUUUGAGAUGGCCCACCUUCGCCGCUUUACUCUGCCGCUGAAUCGAGGCCUGGGCGAGAGAAUCACUGUAGAGCCGCAGAAUUUGGCAAAGGGCAACCUGCUAGGCGACCUUCCACGCAUCAACCAGAACCAUAACGGGAAACCAUAUCGGUUCGUCUACUGCGUUAGCAAUGUUCCGGGCCAGGAGCACAGGAUGUUUCUGUCCAAGCUUGAUGUCAUCACUGGCGAGUGGCGACGCUGGGAAAGAGAAGGCUGGUACCCGUCCGAACCUGUCUUCGUCUCUCGACCAGGUGCCGUGGAAGAGGACGACGGAGUCGUCCUUAGUUCGCUGCUUCAAGAGGACAACGAAAAGAAGCUGGCCCUCCUUGUUCUUGACGCACAGAGCUUCCAGCAGUUGGCUAUGGUGGAAUUUGAUUGUCCGUCCUCGGUCCCCGGAGAUUUUCAUGGCUGGUUUCUCCAGGACCAAGGCCAGGAAGCGUAGAAAGUUACUGAGAAGCAUGAGAUACUGUUUGACGUGAAAUAAUUGCUCUUAAUCAGGGAAACACCAUUGGCGACAUCGGGGAGUAUAUAUAGAGUGUUCCAGCUAACUUAAGGGAAG